AUGUGUGGCAUGACUCAGGAAGUGGUGAUGAAACAACUUAUGUAGAGAAAAGCAGAAGUACGUCUGGCACAGACAGUCUGUGACACCAUGACAAGCAACUGUUCAUUUGAAGAGGUGGACCACCUGAUGAGAUAUUUGGAGCUGGUCAUCUACAUUCCCAUUUUCCUUUUUGGUCUGAUCCUGAAUGUUGUAGCGCUGCUGGUGUUCUGCAUCUUUCUGCGAAAAUGGACGGAGUCAACUAUAUACAUGACCAGCUUGGCUCUGAUGGACCUGCUCCUCCUCUUCCCUCUUCCCUUCAAAAUGCAUGCGACUAAUCACCUCUGGCCUGCCUACCUCCAGCCUCUCUGUUCAGUCUUGGAAAGCCUGUAUUUUGUUGGGAUAUAUGGCAGCAUCUACACCAUCAUGUGUAUAGCUGUGGACCGAUGGGUGGCUAUCUGUCACCCGUUCAAAGCCAAGCAGCUGCGUUCACCCAAAGCGGCUCUGAAGACCUGCAUUGGGGUGUGGCUUCUGGUGUUGGCAGUGAUCUCUCCAACCAUCCACUGCUUCAGGGAGGGCAGGCCAAAAGAAUUCCACUGUUUCCACAGCUUUUCAGAGAAAGGCUGGAGCCCUCCAGUGAUCAUCUGUCUGCAGGUCUUUGGGUUCCUGGUGCCUGCGCUGGUGGUGAUUUACUGUUCGGUCAAAACCAUCUGGGUGCUGAAGCAAUCUGGCCAGCACAGCCCUCAGAGUCGGGCCUGUGUGAAGAUCAUCUACAGCAGUCUGAGUGCCUUCCUGGUGCCUUUCACCCCAAGCCACUUCGCCAUCUUCCUGCAGUUCCUGGUGCACCAAGGAGUGAUUCAAGACUGCGGCUCCAAGACCAGGAUCAGCCUGUUCAUACAGGUAGCUAUGUGUCUGUCCAACAUCACCUGCUGUCUGGACGCUCUGUGCUACUACUUCAUCGCCCAUGAGGUCAGGAGCACCAAACACACCUUCAGGGUGUCAAUGUUCAGCCAUAGGAGAGCCACUUUCAGCACUUCAGAGGUCUGA